GGGKGGGGGGAUAGUGUUAAUCUGCGAGGGUUGCUCCCUUUCCGGAGGAGGGGGGGAAUGGAGUUGACUAUGAACGAUACACCAGACUCAGUGUCAGGUUUCCUGCCAACUGGCUGGCUGGGGUAACCCGUGCUCCAGAACCUGUUGGAGACUCGGGCUACUGUCUAAUAAUUCAAAUAGAUCAGCAUAUGUUUGAUCCCAGAAUUCGGUGGACAGGUUGUGGUCUUUUUCCUGAGCCACAGUCCGCGUCUUUCACCAAGUUUCCGAAUGAGCAGAUUGUCGCUUUCCAUGACAGUCGACCGUCCAGAGCCCGUUCGGUUCGGGACGUGUUCGGCAGCAGAGCGACGGAGCUGCGACCGUGGCCGGAGGGUAGGGAUGAUGUGGACGCUGCUGCGGCAGACGACGACGUCGCCGACGACUGGACAGACGAUGAUGACACGCUGCUGAGUCGCGACCCGACGGCUGAGCGAGUGUACUUCACUUAUGGUGGGGGUCGUGAUGGCAUGGAUUCAUUCACAUCAGUUAUCAUUGGUGGUGCGUCGUCGACCGCACAGGCGAGUGGGAGCAGCAGAGUCGGUGGUGGUCGUGGAGGACGUUCGCAUGUGGAGGUUGGCGUCGACGACUCGGGGGAGCUGCAGCCACAGGGAGGUCUUCGACAUACAGGCAGGCGAUGGGAGGUUAGGAGCGACAGCGAGGCCGAGGGGGAGGCCGAGGAUGAGGAGGUGCCCGUUCGCGAUCGUCGCUUCUCUCCCUCCCAUCAUCCGAUCUCUGCACAGCCCGAGGCACUUAGGCAUUCGGAGAGGUUGGCGUCGGCAGCAGGCAGAGACCCGACACAUGACGGCGAGGAUCGUGGGGGGGAGAGGACUCCUUCUGACACCAGUAUCCGCCCCUGCUCGUCAUCGGUACUCCGCACAGACGACUUUGACGUCGUAGGGCUUGGUGGGAGCUUGGGAGAUUUCAGUGUUGAGGGACGUCUACGUGCCUCACCGUUGGAUGUGCGCACCGACACGGACAGGGAGAUGGAGAUAGGAGGGGGGGGAGGCCGUGACGUCGAUGCCUCGGGUGUCCCUGAGGAGGCAGUUCAGGGGGAGUUCGAUGAUGAGGGACAGGAUGUCGCCGCGGGUAGUGAGUCAGGUGGUGGACGACGCGGCGACGAGGAGACCGCGGGUGAUGAGGGGCAGGAUGUUGUCAUGGGCGGUGGGUCCCCUAGUGGGGGGCGUGGCGACAGCGAGACCGCGGGUGAUGAGGGACAGGGUGCCGUCGUCGGUGGACAGGAUACCGUGGGUGUCGGUGGAGACAAUGGACCAGACGGCGACGAUGACGACGACCACGGUCCCGAGGACGACGAGUAUAGGCUCGCCUUGGUGUUGAGGGACCCCACAGUGCCUCCCUUGCGCCCUGACGACACAACGCACCCUUUCUUCGACGCGGAUGCUUUGGCGCAAGCAUUGACGGAUGACCCUUUCGCACACGUGAGCCGCAAGAGGGGCAAGCAGCGGGCCCCAGGGAGGGUAUAUUCACCGCCGCCGUUCACAGUGCAGACCCCUCACUGGUCGGGUUCGUCGCUCAGCGGCGUUAGAGGGAGGGAGUCCGGUGCGGGUGAGGUGGGGUGAGGUGGGGUGAGGUGGGGUCCGGCAGACGCAGCGACGGCGACAGAGAUAGUGCAGGAUCGAUGCCUCCACCGCCCGCACGCACUC